GACUAAUGAUCCGCACCGUCCUGCUGCUGCGGCUGCAUUUAAACUCCACGUCUUACCUCUUCAGAGACCUCUUUCCAGCUACACAUGCUGUCGUCUUUAAGUUUUGCACUCGCUGAUGUCUAACAGAAACGUUAUAGUAAUAUAAACUGCAUUGGAGAUGCUCAGGGAACCGUAUAGCUGCUGAUAAUGUGUCCCAGCUCGCAUUAACGCGUAUCAUGGCUAACGUGAAUGCAACAAACACGUCUCCCUGCUGAGAAAACAACUGGUGCUGAUCUGUUGAGUUUAAGUUUUCAGGUGUGGUGUUGAUCCCAUGGAGAAGCCUUCAUCUUCGGGCAGAGCAGUGCUGGAGGAGAGAAAAGGCCUGGUGGAGGACAGCACGGUGCUGAGAGGUGCUGAGGGGGGAGAGGUGGAACCUCAGUCUCCGAGGAAGAGCAGCUCCUCCCGCUCCUCCCGCAAGAGUUUCCGCUUGGACUACCGACUGGAGGAGGAUGUGACAAAGUCCUGUCGGGACAAACAUGGCCGCUGGACGAACCCCUGGCCUACAUGGCGGUUCCCUUCCUACACCACCCUGCUCAGAUUCCUGGUGCUGGAUAAAAAUCACAGCAAUGUGCCAUCUAGUAAAGAGGCUCUGGACAGCGAGCUCCCAGUGAUGGAACCGUACUUUGUCCAGAACCCAGACCUCUCCGACUCUGGUCCAGGUCUGAGAGUCACCUGGCUUGGUCACGCCACAGUUCUGGUUGAAAUGGAUGGGCUGAAUAUUCUGACGGACCCAAUUUUCAGCCAGAGGGCAUCACCGUUCCAGUUCAUGGGGCCCAAAAGGUACAGAGGGCCCCCCUGCACCGUGGAACAGUUGCCCAGGAUCGAUGCUGUAGUCAUCAGUCACUCUCAUUAUGACCAUCUGGAUGUGGGAUCUGUGGCCAGCCUUAAUGCACGCUUUGGAGGGGAGCUACGCUGGUUCGUGCCCCUGGGUUUGAUGGACUGGCUGGUGAAGAUGGGCUGUGAGAACGUGAUGGAGCUGGACUGGUGGGAGGAGAACUGCGUCCCGGGUCAUGAUGAUGUCACAUUUGUCUGCACGCCCUCUCAGCACUGGAGCAAACGCACCGCGCUUGACGAUAACAAGUCUUUAUGGGGCAGCUGGUCUAUUUUGGGUCCGGAUCAUCGAUUCUUCUUCGCUGGUGACACCGGCUACUGCGCUUCCUUCCAGGAGAUUGGACGAAGAUUCGGGCCGUUUGACCUCGCAGCAAUCCCCAUCGGAGCUUACCUGCCCAGGGAUAUGAUGCAGGGGCAGCAUGUAGAUCCAGAAGAGGCUGUUGAGAUUCACAAAGACCUUCAGGCCAGACAGUCUGUGGCCAUCCACUGGGGAACCUUUGCUCUUGCCUAUGAGUACUACCUGGAGCCGCCGGUCCGUCUCAGAGAGGCCCUGGAACAGAAAGGACUGAAGCCAGAGUCCUUUUUCACUCUGCAUCACGGGGAGUCUCGCCUUAUAGCUUCACAGCAAGACGUCUUUGACUGAUGUGCUCUGUGGCCCUGUAACAAAGAGCAGAACUUUUAUUCAUCAUUUUUUAAUUUAAAUGUUCCACAAUACUGUUUACAUAGUGAAUGUUUAUGCCGUGCCGUUGUCAUGGUGGGCAGUACUACCUACAGGAGCAAUGACCCCACUAUAUAAAUAAAAAGAGCUCCUAAUGAGCAACAGUUAA